GCGCUGGCGCGACUUAUCGAUUUAGGUUCCGGAGAGAAACAAACUGACGUGUCGGCUGUGUCGGGGAAAUUAGUGAAAAUCGCUUGAAAAUCUCACAAUCCCGGCAAAAUGCAUACAUUUCUGACUCGCGGGAAUUCCAUCCUUGCUUACACGCUCAGUGUGUUGGCGUGCUUGACCUUCUGCUGCUUCCUGUCGACGGUUUUCCUGGACUACCGGACAACAGCUGUAAUCAACACGAACAAAGUGAUUGUGAAGAACGUCCCGGAUUACAGCUCUUCGAGGGAAGUGAGGGAUCUGGGUCACCUCACAUUCGACCUGCACACGGAUCUGAGCAAUCUCUUCAACUGGAACGUGAAGCAGCUCUUCCUGUACCUCACGGCUGAGUACAAGACGCGCGAGAAUGAGUUGAAUCAAGUGGUUCUCUGGGACAAGAUCAUCCUCAGGGGUGAAAAUGCCGUGCUGGAUUUCUCUAAUAUGCACACCAAGUACUACUUCUGGGACGACGGAAACGGCCUGAAGGGCCACCAGAAUGUCACACUAACGCUGUCGUGGAACAUCAUCCCCAAUGCUGGUCUCCUGCCCAGAAUAUUCGCCAUCGGGCAGUAUUCUUUCAAGUUCCCGCAGACCUACACCAUGUCCCCGGUCUAGGCGGGCUGUACUUACUAAGAGACAGAUAAAAGCCUCAAUUCCAAACAUGUAUAGGACUUUAUUUGCCAACAUUCAACAUCAAAAAGGUCAAAAAUACAUCAAAAUUGUGUUCCCGGAA